AGAGUCUCGUUCUGUCACCCAGGCUGGAGUGCAGUGGCGCAAUCUCGGCUCACUGCAAGCUCCGCCUCCCGGGUUCACGCCAUUCUCCUGCCUCAGCCUCUCCGAGUAGCUGGGACUACAGGCACCCGCCACUGUGCCCGGCUAAUUUUUUUUGUAUUUUUUUGGUAGAGAUGGGGUUUCACCGUGGUCUCAAUCUCCUGACCUCGUGAUCUGCCCACCUCGGCCUCCCAAAGUGCUGGGAUUACAAGCGUGAGCCACCGCGCCCGGCCCAGCCCAGUGUUUUCUUGUUUGUUUGUUUGAUUUUUUUUUUUUUUUUUUUUUUGAUACAGAGUUUCUCUCUGUUCCCCAGACUGGAGUGCAGUGGUGCUAUCUCAGCUCACUACAGCCUCCACCUCCCAGCUUCAAGUAAUUCUCCUGCCUCAGCCUCCCAAAUAGCUGGGAUUACAGGCGCCUGCCACCACACCUGGCUAAGUUUUGUACUUUUAGUAGAGAAAGGGCUUCGUCAUGUUGGCCAGGCUGGUCUUUAAUUCCUGACCUUAGGUGAUCCACCCGCCUUGGCCUCCCAAAGUGCUGGGAUUACAGGCAUGAGACACCAUGCUUGGCCAAAUUUAGGUUUAUACUGGACUUGGAUUUUCAAAUUUUCUUUUGCAGGUGGGUUUGUGAAGUGUUAAUUUUAAAGAAUUGUCAGGAGUCUGAGGCAGGAGAAUGACUUGAACCUGGGAGGCGGAGGUUGCAGUGAGCCAAGAUUGCACCAUUGCACUCCAGCCUGGGCUACAAGAGUUAAACUCCCUCUCAAAACAAACAAAAAAAUUGUCAAUUAUGCAUCACGAUGAAACAUUCGUUUCUGAUUUUUAGCACAAUUCAGGAGUAGAUCAUAUAAUAUAUGACAAACUCAAAGAUGAAUAAUGCAGACUCCCCAAAUAGUAGAAACUUUUAAGCAGCUGAAUGGUAAUGGAUCUAAUCUUGUUAUUUUAUUGUUUUUCUGUCUAUGAGUAAUAUAUUGGUCUGACCGUAGCCUGACUUGUUAACAAACAAUACAGCUCAACUCAAUAUGUAGUGUAUCAUGUACUUUGCAUGGUGUUAGGCUAAAACUACUAAGUAUUUAUAAUGUUAUGCUUUAAGUAUGAUUAGUUGAUUGUAAAAUGGUUUACAUUUUAAGGUAUUUUUAUAUUAGAACCCUUGCCAAGUACUGCAUGACAGGGUUUGCAAAACUUUUUUAGUAAAAGACUAGAUAGUGAAUUUUUAGGCUUUGUGAGCUGUAUAUGAUUUCUCUCACAACUAUUCAGCUCUGCUCUUGUAGCAUGAAAGCAGCUGUAGACAGUGUAUAAAUGAAUGAGCAUUAUAGCGUCCCACCAAAAUUUUAGUUAUAAAAAGAAAUGGCAGGCCAGAAUUGGUCUAAGGGCUGUAGUUUGCCAACUCCUGCUCGAGACGUAGUCUGUUGUAAGGAAAAUAUAAUUGCAAGUUACCUGCAUGUGAAUCGAACUUUUAUAUUAGUUAAAAUUUGCAUUACAAAACAUCACAAAAUUUAGUUACUUGAAACUACAAUUUAGUAUUUUUCACAUUUCUGUGAAAUAAUUUGGUUCUGCUUCUGGUGGCAUUUGUUGGGGUUCUGAUAGAGCUGUGAUAUCUGGAGGCUCAACUGGGAUUGUUGGCCAGGGCUUUGGUUCCCCUACAUGUGGGUCUUUCUAUAUGGCUGAUUCCUUAGCCUCAUGGUGUGAUAGCUGGAUUAUAAGAAGUAUUCUGAGAGCAAGCAUUGUGAGACAGAGGAAGCAGAAGAUGCCAGGCCAAGGGAUAGGCCUGAAACUUUCACAGCAUCACUUCUGCCAUUAUUCUGUUGGUCAAAUAGUCACAAGCUCAGCCCAGAGUCUUUGUGCGAAGAGACUACCCAAGGGUGUAAAUGCUAGGAAAUAUGGUUAAUUGAGGGUAUUCAAACUAUCCUCAGAAUAUCAUGAGAUUGUUUUGGUUGCAAGUGACAACUCAAAUUGAACUAGCUUUAGUAAAAGGGAACAAUUAUUAUAAGAAUAUUGGGGUGUCUGCCUCACAAAACCCAAACACAAGAUUGGGUCCUAGGAACAUUGGACCCAGGGUUGAAGAUUCCCGAGGACUGUUUCUCAUCUUUGCUCUACCCUAUAAGUAGUCUUCAUUUUCUCUUAUCACAGAUUUCCCUUCUCCACUUUGGGAAAAACAGUGUCAACACUUCCCUAAUUAUUUACGUAUUACCAUUUUAGCCGUUCAGAGGACUGACUUUAUUUUUGCAGUGUUUCUAAAAUGUUUGAGGAAGAACGCUGAUUGUCCUAGAUCAGUCAUCUGUGAUCAGAGGAUGGAGCUUAGGUUCUACAAACCAUGUUGGCAGGAACAGGAUCAGUUAACAUCAAAGGGAUGCUGAGUGUGUAGUCCCCGAAUAGUCAGUCCACUUGCCUUCUCCCUAGCCAUCUAUUUGUUAACAAGUUAAUAAUUUGUUAAUUAAUUUAAUAAAUGUUUUUUCCCCAUUACAGGCCUAAUUUACUUCUUUAUUCAGCUCUCUGCCUAUGGCUAUUUCAUUGUUCUACUGGUGUAUAAGCAAAAGUAAGGACUGAAAUUAAUUCAGUAUCUUGAAUAUUUAUUGUAAUCUCUUCCUGCUUUGAGUAGAGGAUGGCAGCUUUUAGUAUCUACUAUCUUACUUUGCCACCAUCAACAUAGAAUAGUAUGUAAAGAUGAUCUUACUGUGUUGCCACCAUUGACUUCCAGGGUUGACUUAGCUGAUCCAGUUGGCUGAAUGGGUAUAUCCUUCCUUUGGAAAGGGCCCACGUGCAUACAUGAAAGCAAGUACCUAAAAUACAGCAUGAAAUAAAAGCUGUAAUAGAAGUACAAGCAACAUGCCGUGGGUGCACAGAGGAAGGAACAAUUAAUUUUGACUGAAUGGCUGUAGGAGGGAUGGCAUUUUAAAGAAGGUAGUGUUUCAGUAAGGCCUGGAAGAAUGAAUAACUCAUCCUUAGAAAAGAAAGGAAAGGUAAUCUGGCUGUCAAGUUUCUUGUCUGCUGAAACGGUGGUACCAGCGUGUCUAGGCUAAAGUAGAUGAACUUAAAUAUAGGUAUAGGACAUUCAGGAUAAAUGGCAGCAUGCAGUUAUCUGAUUUUAGCUGUCUUAAAUUAGAAUUACUGGAGUGAACACAGUUUUGUUACAGUUACACCUUAGGUGACUAUCUGGUAAUUUGAAAUUUGAGAAUUCAGUUUUUAAAAUUAAGCAAUUUAUUUCAAAUACUCAGAUUUUUGGAUAUAGGAAGAACUUUAAGGAUUAUCUAUACUAACACACUCUAGUAGAUAAAGAAACUUAAGACCCAGUUAGAUGAUUUAUUUGAGCUUACAUAUCUAAAUGACUGAGUUGGGGCUAAAAUACCUUUCUCCUGGUCUUGGGUAUUUUUGAAGAAUUAUCCAGUGUAUCCUUUAUUGUAAGAAGAUUUUCUCCAAAUAUACAUCCAUAUGAAUUGCUUGCUGUAGUAGCAAUUUUUAAAUUUGAGAUAUAACAUGCAUACAGUAAAAUGUACAAAUGUUAAUUGUAUAGCAUGGUGAGUUUUUUAUGUGUAGAAACUCUUACAGUUAACACUCAGAUCAAGAUGUAGAACAUCUCCAGCACUCCAGAAGCCUCUCCUUCAUGUUUUUCACAGGUUAAUUAAUAUCCACUUCUCCUGUCACUCCCAAGUAAUUAUUAUUCUGAUUUUUAUCAUCAUAGAUUAGUCUUGCCUGUUCUUGCACUUCAUGUAAAGGGAAUGACUUCUUUCGUUUAUUAUGGUUAUGAUAUUCAUCCAUGAUGUUGGUAUACCUUGGUUCUUUUUGUUGCUAUGUAGUGUUUCAUUGAAUGAAUGGAUCAUUAUUUAUUCUUCUGUUAAUGGACAUUUGAAUUGUUUCUAAUUUUUGACUUACAAAGAAAACCUGCUAUGAAUAUUCUUGUAUAUUUCUUUCUAUGAAUAUAUUGUUUCAUUUUUAAGAGUAUAAUUGCUGGAUGGUUGUCUUCCAAAGUGGCUGUACCAUUUUACAUCCCCACCAGCAAUGUAGGAGGGUUUGAGUAGUUCUACAUUUUUGUCAGUAUUGUGUAUUGUCAGUCUUUUUAAUUUCAGUCGUUCUGGUCGGUGUGCACUGGCUUGUCCUUUUCAUUUCCCAGGCAAAUAAUGAUGGUGAUCACCUUUUAAUAUUUUUGACAUAUUUUAAAGUUAUGUUAUCUUUGUCUUAUGGAUUUAUAGGAAUUCCUUAUGUAUUCUGAAUACGAGACCUUUGCAUGGCAAAUUUCUUCUCCCAGUCUGAGGCUAGUCUUUUCACUGUCUUAAUAGUGUAUUAUAAUAAAUAAAACUUUUCAAUUCUAAUGAACCUCAGCUUAUCAAGUUUGCUUUUUAUGGUUUAGUUGGUUGGUUAAUGUUUUGUUUAAGAAAUCUUUGCCUAUUACAGGAUCAUGAAAAUAUUCUUCAAAGUUUUCUUUUCGAAAUUGUAUUGCUUUCUCUUUUACUCGAAGCUCUAUGAUGCAUUUCAAAUUAUCUUAUAAUGAAUGAUGUGAGGUAAAAACCAGGAAUUUUUUUUAAUAAAACAUAGGAUAUUGAAUUGAUUCAGCCCCAUUUUUUGAAAAAAAAAAUUGCCCUUACACCAUUGGAUUAUAGAACACUUUUGAUAUAAAUCAGGUGAGUCUUACUAGAGUGUAUAUGCUCUUCCACUGGUCUAUUUAUGUAUAAAUACUACCCUGUCUUAAUUACUGUAGCUUUAUACUAAAUCUUGUUAUCUGGUAGUAUAAGUUCCUUCAAUUUUUUUUCUUCUUCAACAUUUUUUUUUUUGUGGUGGGUAUACUCUAUCCUUUGUGUUUCCAUAUACAUUUAGAAUCAUAUUUCAGUGAAAACAAAACUGUUAAUAUUAUGAUUGGGAUUGCAUUGAGGCUAUAGAUCAAUGUGGGGAGAAUUGGCAUCUUAACAAUAUAGAGUCUUCCAGUCCAUGAACAUGGAUUAUCUAUCCAUUUACUUGGGUCUUUAAGUUCUUUCAGCAGUAUUUUAUGGUUUACAAUGUAGAGGUUUUGCAUAUCAUUUGUUAGAGUUAUGGCUAGGUAUUUUAAUGUUUUGAAAGUGCUAUUGUAAAUAGUAUUCGUUAUUUAAAUUUCAUUUUUGAAUUGUUUUAUACUAAUACAUAGAAAUACAGUUCUUGUAUUUUUAUCUUAUAAGCAGCAACCCGCUAAAUUUGCUUAUUUUUAAUAUUUAAUAUUUAAUAGAUUUUUUUGUAUUUCCUAUGCAAACAACCAAAUCAUCAGAGAAUAAUAAAUAUUUUACUUAUUUCUUUCCAGUCUUUAUAAUUAUUUCUUUGUUUUCCCUUAUUGCAAUAGCCAAGGCUUCUAGAACAAUGUUUAAUUGAAAUAGUCUCACUCCUAAACUUAGGGGAAAAUGUUCAAUAUUUACCAAUUAUGAUGUUAGUUGUAAGUUUUGUAGGUAACCUUUAUCAGAUUAAAGUUCUUAUCUAUUCCUAGUUUUCUUUUCUUUUUUAAAAAAAUUUUUAUAGAGAAAGGGCCUUGCGCUGUUGCCCAGACUGGCCUUGAACUCCUGGCUCAAAUGAUAUUCCCACCUCGGCCUCCCAAAGUGCUGGGAUUACAGGUGUGAGCCACUGUGCCCAGUCUGAGAGUUUUCUAAAUCAUGAAUAGGUGGUAAACUUUGUCAAGUUUUUUGUUUUUGUUGAGAUAAAUCAUUUGGUUGUAUCCUUAAUUCUGUGCUGUGGUGAAUUACAUUGAUUGAUUUUUAAAUGUUAAACCAACUUUAUACUCCUAGGAUAAACGUUACUUUGUCAUAAUGUAUUGUCCCUUUUAUGUACCAUUAGAUUCAAUUUGUUAAUAUUCUCUUUAGAAUUUUUACAUCUAUUCAUGAAAGAUAUUGGCCCGUAAUAGUCCUUUACUAUAAUAUUAUUGUCAGAUUUUGUUAUCAAUGUUUGUUAGCCUGGUAAAAAGAAUUGGGAAGUCUUUCUUUGUUUUAUUCUUUCAAAGUGUUUGUGAUAGAUUGAUACAUUUCAUGUGUACUUGAAUUGGGAAGUCUCUCUUUUUUAUUCUCUGAAAGCAUUUGUGAUAGAUUCAUACACUUCAUGUGUACUUGAAUGCUGAUUCUGCAGUCGUUGGUGUUAAUGUUCUUUGUCAAUAAGGUCAAAUUGGUUAAUCAAGUUGUUCAAAUCUUCAAAUGACUGGUUUUUUUCCUGUUCUCUCAGCUUUGAGAAUAGUGUCUUAAAAUUAUCAACUAAGACUGUAGUUUUGUUGACUUUUAGUUCUUUCAGUUUUCCCCUCAUGUAGUUGGAAGCUCUUACUAGGUGAAUUAAAACUUGGCAUUGUUAUUUUAUGGUUGAAAUUACCUUUUUGUCAUUAUGAAAUGACCUUCUUUAUCUCUGGUAAUAUUUCUUGCCUUCAAGUCUACUUUUACCUUCUAUUAAUAUAGUCACUCUUUCUUUUCAUCAGUACUUCCAUGGUAUGAUUUUUUUCUCCUUUUUAGUUCAGCCAAUCUGUAUUCUUGUAUUUACGGUAUAUCUCUUGGAAAUGUCAUAUAGUCAGGUCAUGUUUGUUUUAUCUAGUUUGACAAUCUUUCUGCUUUAAUUGUAAUAUGUAUUCUAUUUACAUUUAAUGUAGUUACUAAUAUAGUUGGGCAUAAAUCUUUUAUCUUACUAUUUCUUUUCUAUUUGUCCCAUCCAUUCUUUGGGUGUUUAAAUUUCUUUCCUGCCUGUAUUAUUUGUCAGGUUUUCUAAACUCCGUUUUGGCUUAUUAGCUUUUCAGUUAUACAUUCUUCUGUGGUUAUUUUUUAGUUAUCUUAGAGAUUUUAAUAAACCUUCUUGAUUUUUUUUUUUAGUGUAUCUUAAUGUUUUACCACUUCCCAAACAAUGCAAAACUUAGGACAGUUUAACUUUGUUUAUUCCCUCCUGCCCUUUGUGCUAUUUUUUCAUAUUUUAUUUCAAUAUAUGAUAUAAACCACAUAAUUUUUUUGUGAACAUUUAAUAUUCUUUUAUAUUUAUCCACAUGUGUACCCUUUCUAAUGCUCAUCAUUCAUUUUUACAGUUCUUUGCUACCAUCCGGGAUAAUUUUCCUUGAGCCUGAAAAAAUUUCUUUAAUAUUUCUUGUAGUGCCAGUCUCUUUGAGGCAGAUUUUCUCAGCUUUUGUCUGAAAUCCCUUUAUUUUGACUUCUUUUUUGAAGGAAAAACUUACUGGUACAGAAUUCUGGGCUGGCAUGUGUUGCUAUUUUGAGACCGGGUCUCGCUCUGUUACUGAGGCUGGAUCAUAGCUCACUGCAGCCUCUAACUCCUAGGCUCAAGCGAUCCUCCUACCUUAUCCUCUCAAGUAGCUGGGAGUACAGGUGGCACCACCGUGUUCAGCUAAUUUUUUUGUUUUAGUUUUGUAGAGAUGGGGUCUCACUAUGUUGACCAGGCUGGUCUCAAACUCCUGGCUUCAAGCUAUCCUCCUGCCUCGGCCACCCAAAGCAUUGGGAUUACAGUGAGUGAUAGUUGCUUCAGGAAUCUUGCAGAAGACCGCAGUGGGAUAAAUCUCAAAGAUCUCGUACAAGAUCCUUCUUUGUUGGGUGGGACUAUAUCAGCAUACAAGAUAGUACCAGACGAAAUAGAAGAAAUCAAGGAAACCCUGAUAGAUUGGUGUGAUGAAAAGGAACUUAAUUUGAUAUUAACAACUGGAGGAACAGGAUUUGCACCACGAGAUGUCACGCCAGAGAAAUUCCCAACAUUCCCAUUUUGUGGGCUCCAGAAAGGGGCCACAAAAGAAGUAAUAGAACGGGAAGCACCAGGGAUGGCCCUGGCAAUGCUGAUGGGAUCACUUAAUGUUACACCUCUGGGCAUGCUCUCUAGGCCUGUAUGUGGAAUCAGAGGGAAAACGCUCAUAAUUAACCUGCCAGGUAGCAAGAAAGGAUCUCAGGAAUGCUUUCAAUUCAUACUGCCAGCUCUACCUCAUGCCAUUGACCUUUUACGUGAUGCCAUUGUAAAAGUAAAGGAGGUGCAUGAUGAACUUGAAGAUUUGCCUUCCCCACCACCCCCUCUUUCCCCUCCUCCUACUACCAGCCCCCAUAAACAGACAGAAGACAAAGGGGUUCAAUGUGAAGAAGAGGAAGAAGAGAAGAAAGACAGUGGUGUUGCUUCAACAGAAGAUAGUUCCUCAUCACAUAUAACUGCAGCAGCCAUUGCUGCCAAGAAGCAUCCAUUCUACACCAGUCCUGCUGUUGUCAUGGCACACGGUGAACAGCCCAUCCCUGGUCUCAUCAAUUAUUCCCAUCAUUCAACAGAUGAACGGAUUCCAGACUCCAUCAUUUCUCGUGGUGUUCAGGUGCUCCCACGAGACACAGCCUCCCUCAGCACUACUCCUUCAGAAUCGCCUCGUGCUCAGGCUACAUCUCGCCUUUCUACAGCUUCCUGCCCAACACCAAAAGUCCAGUCCAGGUGCAGCAGCAAGGAGAACAUUCUCAGAGCCAGUCACAGUGCUGUCGAUAUCACCAAGGUGGCUAGAAGACAUCGCAUGUCUCCUUUUCCUCUGACAUCUAUGGACAAAGCCUUUAUCACAGUCCUGGAGAUGACUCCGGUGCUUGGGACAGAAAUCAUCAAUUACCGAGAUGGAAUGGGGAGAGUCCUUGCUCAAGAUGUAUAUGCAAAAGACAAUUUACCCCCCUUCCCAGCAUCAGUAAAAGAUGGCUAUGCUGUCCGAGCUGCUGAUGGCCCAGGAGAUCGUUUCAUCAUUGGGGAAUCCCAAGCUGGUGAACAGCCAACUCAGACAGUAAUGCCAGGACAAGUCAUGCGGGUUACAACAGGUGCUCCAAUACCCUGCGGUGCUGAUGCAGUAGUACAAGUGGAAGAUACUGAACUUAUCAGGGAAUCAGAUGAUGGCACUGAAGAACUUGAAGUGCGAAUUCUGGUGCAAGCUCGGCCAGGCCAAGAUAUCAGACCCAUCGGCCAUGACAUUAAAAGAGGGGAAUGUGUUUUGGCCAAAGGAACCCACAUGGGCCCCUCAGAGAUUGGUCUUCUGGCAACUGUAGGUGUCACAGAGGUUGAAGUUAAUAAAUUUCCAGUGGUUGCAGUCAUGUCAACAGGGAAUGAGCUGCUAAAUCCUGAAGAUGACCUCUUACCAGGGAAGAUUCGAGACAGCAAUCGUUCAACUCUUCUAGCAACAAUUCAGGAACAUGGUUACCCCACAAUCAACUUGGGUAUUGUAGGAGACAACCCAGAUGACUUACUCAAUGCCUUGAAUGAGGGUAUCAGUCGUGCUGAUGUCAUCAUCACAUCAGGGGGUGUAUCCAUGGGGGAAAAGGACUAUCUCAAGCAGGUGCUGGACAUUGAUCUUCAUGCUCAGAUCCAUUUUGGCAGGGUUUUUAUGAAACCAGGCUUGCCAACAACAUUUGCAACUUUGGAUAUUGAUGGUGUAAGAAAAAUAAUCUUUGCACUACCUGGGAAUCCUGUAUCGGCUGUGGUCACCUGCAAUCUCUUUGUUGUGCCUGCACUGAGGAAAAUGCAGGGCAUCUUGGAUCCUCGGCCAACCAUCAUCAAAGCAAGGUUAUCAUGUGAUGUAAAACUCGAUCCUCGUCCAGAAUACCAUCGGUGUAUAUUAACUUGGCAUCACCAAGAACCACUACCUUGGGCACAGAGUACAGGUAAUCAAAUGAGCAGCCGUCUGAUGAGCAUGCGCAGUGCCAAUGGAUUGUUGAUGCUACCUCCAAAGACAGAACAGUACGUGGAGCUCCACAAAGGCGAGGUGGUGGAUGUCAUGGUCAUUGGACGGCUAUGAUGGUCACCAGCAGGAGAAAGCUUUGAUGCAUGCCCACAUAUCAUUGACUGUAUCCUGUAAUAUGCAACGGCACAGCUAGUUUUCCCAAUUUGGAUAAAAGUUGAUCUGUAUAGUCAACAUCUUGAACUAUAUUUCAAAUGAAUUUAAAUAUCUUUUAAAGAAAAAAACACCUAAAAAUAAAUCUUAACAGACAAUUCUAUUCUGAUUAUAUCAAGGCAAAUUUUUCCUUUCUUGCAAAUUGCUUUGUGUGUUCAAUGCUAGGUCUGAUAGCAAUAGCUUUUAGUAGACAGCGGUAGGUGCCUGCAGAACUUGUGUUUUUCUCAUCUUUAAAAUACAACUACUUAUGCUCUUAAAUCAAGGCUGUCUGCUUAUUUAUACUAGCGUAGGCAACACUUGGAUUUCCCUUCUUAGUAUGCUUCAUAACUGCUUUACAGAGAGCUUUUGCUUGUUCUUUCUCAUGUAUCUCGUGUUUAUGUGCACAGUGCCAAAAGAAGACUGACUGGGUGGAGGCUCUGCCUUGCCUCAAGAACCAUCCCCUGCAGAGCAUCCAGGGAGGUUUCUCACCCCAAUAGCCUCACGGCACAGUACUCUUGGGCAGUAACUGGACACCUUUUAUUUGAACAAACAAACUGAAGAAAGAAUGCUUCCUUAAGUGCUGACGGCCUUUUUAACCAAUACAUUUAAAAUUGUACAGAACAAAAAAAAUCAAAGACUGAUCUUGUACAGAUAUUAGUGUUACCAGCAUUCAUGUGGAAAUCAAGAGCAAAGACAAAAUAAUGUUAAACAACUCUGUACCAUAAUAUUUUCUGUAAUGAUACUGAAACUUAAUGAAUAAAAAAAUUCCUUGAUCAUUAUUUAAAAA